AUGAUAAUUACUAACGUCAACGUAAAAAGAUGUUUAAGUUUAAAUUCUGAAAUUCCAGAAAAGAAUAUAUGUACACCUAGAAGAAGAGGAAUAAGACAUAUUGAUGAUGAAGUAUUAUGUAAUGAGAAAGAAAAAGAUGUACUUGAUUUUGAUAAAAAAGAUAUAAAAAUUAGUGAAGAGACAACGACUGUUGAUGCCUCAAUUGAUGGAAAAAUUAUAAUUGAGGAUGUAAUUGUGGAGGAUGAUGAUGGAAAAAAUGCUGAGAAAGGUAAAAUAACUGAGAAUACAGAAAUUGAUGAAAAAAAAACAGUAGAUGUACAUACUGAUGUGAAUGAUAAAAAUAAAGAACCACAAUUACCACCUGCUACUGGUACUCCUAACCGUAAAAAAUCCUCUACUCGGAAUAAAAAAGGAAAUCGAUGUAAAGAAAACUUACCACCAAAAGUGAUUAAAGAUGAAUCUGCAUCAAAUCAUAAAAUUACAGAAUAUUUUCAAGUUCGUAAAAGUACAAGAAAAACUAAAUCACAGAUAGAGAAAGAAAAGAAAACACAACUAGAGUAUGAAAUAUGUUCACGAAGUAAUGAACAAUUCCUUGAAGUUUAUGAUGAUGAAAUAAAAGGUAGAGGGUGUAAAUCUAAAAAAUUAUUUAAAAAAGGUGACUUUGUCGUUGAAUAUAUUGGUACACUUCUCUCAGCAAAAGCUGCCAAAAAAUUGGAAAGAGAAUACAAAAAUGAUGAAUCUUUGGGAUCAUAUAUGUAUUAUUUUAAUCAUAAAGGACAAAAUUGGUGUAUAGAUGCAACAAAAGAAUCGCCUUUUAAGGCUAGACUAAUAAAUCACUCCUGCCUACGGCCGAAUUUAAAAACCAAAGUUGUUGAUGUUGGUGAUAAAUUUCAUCUUAUUAUGAUUGCUUUACGGGAUAUUAAUAUUGGUGAGGAGUUAUUGUAUGACUAUGGUGAUCGUACUCCUGAAAGUGUUGCCAGCAAUCCUUGGCUUAAAAAUUCAUAA